AUGGAUCCAUUACAGGGGAAGGAAAGUGCUGGCUUGUGCAAACACUACGCCAGCAAUGGUGGGACACAAGGAGGGGUUGACGAGUACAACACGGUGACCACAUAUGAUGAACUGUAUCGCAUCCACAUGACCCCUUAUAUUGAUGCAAUCGCCAUGGGGGUGUCAACUAUCAUGGCUUCUUACUCUAGCUGGAAUGGGAUCAAGAUGCAUGCCAACUCUUUCCUCCUCACUCUUGUCAUCACUCUUAUGGGUUUCUACAUGGGACAAGGUAUGGUCAUAUCAGACUGGGAAGCAAUUGACCGGAUGACCAACCCACCCGGUUCACACUACAAAGAAAGCCUGAAGGCAGCCAUCAACGCUGGAAUCGACAUGGUCAUGAUCCCUUACAAAUACCAGCAAUACCUUACACACAUGACAGAGCUUGUGUCGUCCGGUGAGAUUCCUAUCAGCAGGAUUGACGAUGCUGUGAGGCGAAUCCUUAGGGUGAAGUUCAUUCAUAGGCUUUUUGAACAGCCCAUGGCUGACCGGUCUCUCCAUCCAAUGGUUGGACACAAGAAACAUAGGGAAUUGGCAAGAGAAGCCGUGAGGAAGAGCUUGGUGUUGUUGAAGAACGGAAAGGGAGAGGAGAAGAUGCUUCCUUUGAGUAAGAAUGCCCCCAAGAUCCUUGUGGUUGGGUCUCAUGCACACAACAUCGGCUACCAAUGUGGAGGGUGGACUAUUUCAUGGAAGGGCACCUCAGGCAACAUCACCAAAGGAACAACCAUCUUAGAAGGCAUCAAGAGGGCUGUUAGCAUGCAGACCCGGGUCGUGUUCCAAGAAAAACCCGACAAGAAAUUUGUUAAUAAGAACCGGGAUUAUGUAGGGUCUGUCCUGUUUGCUAUCAAUUGA